AUGGCCGAGUGGUCUAAGGUGCUGCAUUCAGAAUUAUGGCUGAGGGCCAUCAGAGAGGCUGGCUACCACAGAUGCUGCAACAGGCAGGACUAUACAUCUCUAUUGUCUUCCUCAAAUCUUGAUGAUAUUAAGGAAGAGCAAAUAGUCAUUGGAAGACUUGGUGAAGAUGGAAUGCCCCCUUGCUUAUUUAAGAGUGCACCUGAAGUAGUAAUUCAUUGGAAGAAUCAGAGCUAUGUGUCCUCACACUACAAAGACCGUGACUAUUUGGAAAGGCAAGAUCAUAGAUGUACAAACAGGAUAUCCCUCUUUCAUAGUGAAAUUUACAAUGGGAACACCUCCUUAUCUUUGAGAAGAUUAAGCCUUCUCUAUGAAGGACUUUACAUAUGUUUUGUGGGAACAGCAUCUAGAAACAUCAUAAACAAAGUAGUAUUAAAGGUGGGAGCUUUCAUCACACCUGUGAUAAAGUUUGAGAACACAGAUAGCUCCUUAAUAUGCAGUGUGUGCGGUAUUUAUCUUCAUCCACUUAUCACAUGGAAAAUGGACAAUACACCCAUCUCUGAAAAUAAUAUGGAAGAAACCGAGUCUUUGGGUUUUUAUAUAAAUAGUAUGAUAAACAUUACAGGAUCAGAUUUAUCUUACAAAUGUGCUAUUGAAAACUCAUUGCUGAAACAAACAUGGACAGGGGAAUAGACAAUGAAAGAUGACCUUCAUAAAAUGCAGAGUGAAAUUGUUGCACUCUCAUGAAAACUUGCAAACAGUACUUUUUUUUUUUUUUUUUUUUUACUGAAUCAAGAUUUCAUAGUCAAUUGCUCCAAAAUGGAAAAGGAGAUCUCCUCCAUCAUGGCUCACUUUCUGAGCUUCUCACAAGAUACAAUUAUCAAUGAACCCCGAUUUUCAUGGAACAAAGACCUAAAAAAAGAGUCACUUUUGACUUUGAAGGAUCUUAGUCUUUCAAACAGUGGGAAAUACUUGCACAAUAGUUGUUCAAGCAAAUAUACCUUCCUCACCAUCCAAAUGCUGCAGAUAGUAGAAAAGUAUUCUGUCUCUACUGAUGAGAGAGCCAACACUGCUAAUGAUACAGAAGAAAACAAGCUGCAUCAAGAUUAUGAAUGCCUGAAUGCCAAGGAUUCCAAUUCCAUCAGCCAAAGAGGCCACAGUGAGACUCCCAUCAAGAUCUUGGAAGAAAUUAUCACUAAGUGUUGA